AUGUUCAGUCGCAUCCGGAAGCGUCGCAACGAUCGCGUGCUACGUCUGUGCGCCGCGGGCCGAGCCUCAGGGCAGCUGCGGCUACAGGCGGCCGCCACAAACAGAGAGAGGCGUGUGUUUGAGCAGCGUGGGAGGGUGGUGUUUGCACCUGAGUUUGAACAGCUGCUCUGUAAACACUCACUCAGCCACAUCCAUUGUCCUGCGCAAAACGUUGACUGUGCCUUCCUGGUGCCCCACGGCAUCAUGGGAAAACCAGGUCAGCUGAUCCGGGGUCCUGGGGGUCAACACGACAAGGACCAGAGAUAG